AUGGAUGACAACCAGAAGGAAAUCGAAGGCCAUGUGGAGGAGAAGGAACGAUUAUCUAACUACAUGGCUCUCGCGGAGGGGUACCUGAAACAAGACGAGUCCAACAAAGCAGUCGCAAUCUUAAGAGAUUAUUCGAAGUACAUGAAGGACAAAUAUGGCUCGGAAGGCUUUGAGUCAAUUUGGGCCUUGAGAAACUGUGCAAUCCUACUUGGACAGAACGAAAAGUUCACCGAAUCAGAACCUUUCCUGAGAGAGAUUCUCGAGAAGACCACAGGAUACUCCAAUCUAUCCACAGAGGACAUUGACGAAUCCACAGAGGACAGUGACGAAUCCACAGAGGACAUUGACGGAUCUACAGAGGACAGUGACGAAUCCACAGAGGACAUUGACGGAUCUACAGAGGACAGUGACGAAUCCACAGAGGACAUUGACGGAUCUACAGAUGGUAUGGCCGAAUACAAUAAGUUUACGCGUUGGGCUAGAUAUGCCCUGGCGUUCUGCCUGAUGAAAACCAAAAAGUUGAAGGAGGCAUGUCGUAUAUUUAAGGACGUCCUGAACGACCAGAAACAGGCCCUUGGGGAGAAAGAUCUCGAUACAGUGGAGAUUACUAAAUAUUACUUGCAAUCUCUAUUGGAAUCCAGGCGAGCUAAGGAAGCAACACGCCUAUUGGAAGACUGCUCUCAAGUAAUCGAGACUCUUGAUGACAGUGACAGUUAUGAGGUGAAAAUGGAGCUGCUCAAGAUUGGGUAUGUUCUAAUCCAGCAGCGACGCUACAAACCAGGACAAGAUUUCGUGCAAGAGGUUUUGUGGCGACAAGCAGACUUAUUUGGACUCCAACACCCAGAAACUGUCAAAAUGGCAGAGACUGCGUUUUAUUCGAUACGGGAGAUGGCCUAUGGAAGGGUGAAGGCUUCGGUUCCAUCUGGAGCUCUGAUACUGAGAAACCGGUGGAACGCGAUGAAGGAAAUCCUAGGUGUAAGCCAUAAGGAUACCCUUUUGGCUCUGGAGGAGCUUGCGGAUCUUGUAUGGCACACAACAGAGUCCUCGAUGGAGCAGGAAGGUGCUCUGAUGUUAUCCCAGAAAGUCUACGAUGGGCGAAGGGAGACACUCGGGGAGGACCAUCGAGACACGAUUUCUGCACGAAAAGCUCUCCGGUCUCGGAUGGAGCACCUCAAGUAUUCCGACAUAUCGUCUAUUCUGGGUGACGAGCCAGCCGAGAGUGCAGAUGUUAUGGAAGAUGUCGAUUGCGCGCAUUCGGUCAGCUGCCAAUCAGGAGAAGCGGAUGAUGAAGAAAUACAAGAGUCAACAACGCCUGAAUCCAGAAACCCGGAGUAUAUGGAUGACAGCCACGACAGCCGAAAUACAGAUCAGCUCUGUGAAAUCUGCAGCGAACUUCAUAUCGCUUCGUUCCUAGGAAAUGCUCAAGUCUGGGACGAAGAACAGCAAGACAGUUCCUAUCCUAGGAACAAUCAGACUGUACAAUCAUUGCGCUCACGAGGGAAUUGUCCACUGUGCCGGCUUAUUUCGGAGAGAUUCUCGACACUGUUAAACAGCGAUGGGCUCGAUCCGAACACAAGAAUCUCAUAUCGCUAUAUAUGGCCGGACAUUUUGGACCGAAAUCCCGAUAGCGGCUUUGACGGUGAAGGCCACGUAAGGGCCAGUAUGCUUUUACUGGAAGUUUCCAUGCAAGACGAAAAAUGUCUGUUAUACGCUGUGGAUACUCGCGGUGGUGCCAUCGAAAGAGUAGAAGCUGUGGCAAAUAUCAGUCUUAACGUCAACUCGUCAUCGCCUUCCAAGAACUCCCUCAGCGUGAAUGAGCACGGCCUUCUCCCUGCUCUAUCCUUGAUUCUCCGCGGGCGCAGAGACGAGGCGAGAAACAAAUUAGCGCUUCUCGGUGAAACUUACGGAUACUUGAAGGGCCGACUAGUGGACGAAGUGAUCGACACUAGCCUUAUCAAGUCCUGGAUACAUUGCUGCGAUUCCCAUCACGGUAAGAAGUGUAAGCCGAUUGGUAUGGAUGAACACAGUCAUUGGCGGUCAACUUGGCUGAUCGAUGUGCAUAAAGGCAUGCUAGUGCCAGGGGACGAAGGAGGCACAUCUGUGAGUUAUGCCGCACUCAGCUACGUAUGGGGCGAAGGCGGCGAGCAAUUAAAGCAUACUGCCACUGAUGGCAUGGCCGACAAACUCAAAUCACCUGGCAGCCUCACUCAAUCCUCGAAGCUCAAAAUCCCAAAGACGAUCAAAGACGCUAUUGAGCUAUGUAGACAGAUCGGAAUUCCGUACCUCUGGGUGGAUGCGAUCUGCCUCGACCAGGACAACAUCACGGAUGACAUUCUCAACUCAAUGGGCAAGUUAUACCAGGGCGCCAGUGUCACCAUUAUCGCCGCUAGCGGUGAGCACUCGAACGCUGGGAUCUGUGGGUUUAGCUUGAAUUCGAAAUCAAAGCGUCCUAAACCGGACACCUGGAAUAUUGACAACAUGUCUGUUGGGCUAUACUCCGAUUCCGCGCAAAAUAUGAUUCAGGAUUCUAAUUGGUACAAAAGGGCCUGGACAUUUCAGGAAAUGCUUUUGUCUAAACGACUUCUAAUUUUUACGGAAAAAGAAGUCUUCUACCAGUGCGCCUCUGGUAUAGCAUGGCGGGAAAGCGUGUUCUUGGAGCACCCACAGUUGCUGUCAGCAGGCUUUUCUAUCGUGGGCGCAGAAUGCCAAUUUAGGCUUAUUUCGAUUAUCGAGAAAGAAGUCGAGGAUGGCCAGCGGAAAGAUUGGAUUCGCAACAUCUAUCGGGGCCUUGUCAGCGGAUAUUUACAUCGGAAACUGACAGAACCGUCAGACGUCCUGAAGGCUGUCCAGGGUAUCCUGACAAUUAUGGCAGAACGGACAAAGCAGAGCUUUUACAAAGGCAUUCCGACUGAAGACGCAUUUCGCAGUCUACUGUUUCAUGUGACAAGGGCCCAUGACAACAUUCGUCGGCCAAACUUUCCAAGCUGGAGCUGGUGUGGGUGGCAGAAUAUUAGUAUGACCGAUGACCCCAACAAAUCCGCUUUGAAGUUUGUAGAGGAUUGUUUCGAAUACUGGUUCAAGCCAAAGGUUGACCUGUAUCGAUUCGCAUCUUCACAGAACUACCACAACGACAACAACAUCGGCCGAAUCUAUUACUUCAGUGCCAUCGAUACUCGAAACAAGAAGACAGGUCAAAUCAAAAUCGAUGACAAUGUUGACGCAGGGAAGAAAGCAGAUUGGGAGCGAGAGGCCCACAACAUGCUUGUAUUUCUUGCAGAAACAAUGCAGGUUGAGGCUAAGAUUGAAAACCCGGGUGAGCCAGUCUCCCAGGAUCCGAAGAUACUACGACACAGAAUAUUGUCGCCAAAACUCGGCCUCCGGUUUUUGGACCUGGAGGAGAAAUCCUGGACAAAAAUGGAGGAUGUGCGUCUCGAGUUUGUAGCCUUUGCAGAGGCUAAAGCUUUCGGAGAUGAUCCUAAGCACCUCAUAGAGCCGACUGAUACAGACAAGCUUCAUUUCGUGAAAUCCAAUUGGCAGAAUCAUCUGGUCGCUCAGAUUGCGGUUCUUUUGGUGGAAAAAAAUCCCAAGACUAAUAUAUCGCGCCGCUUGGGCUUAUACACGGACGAGCCUCACAAGGCCGCCAACAAGGAGUCUGGUACCCUAAUGAGGGUCCAUUGUGUUGAAAAUUAA